AUGUACCGCGAGAUAAAGAGCAUCUACAAUUGGCUCGUAACGGUCGCGAUCAGUGGCAUGCGAGCGCUGGGCGCUUUCAGACCGGCUCGAGCUGUACAGUGUUCUGGUGAAAUGGUGAAAACGGGCUCCGGUGGUGGAACGUCGGCCGCUUCUGGUCGGGUCGUGUUGAGCCGCAAGACGACACAAACGGAUGCGGUGGUGCAGGAGUUACGCAGGAUGCGUGAGGAUAAUGCACGCCAUCAGCCGCACGAUUACUCGCACGUGUUCAGGAAAAAGUCUCUGCUCGAUUUCGUGCGGUUAUCCUUCGUGAUCAUGGGCAUCGAGAUCGUGUACUCCGCGGAAACGGCUUUCGUGACACCAAUCCUGUUGGGAAUAGGCAUCGAGCGCCAGCUGAUGACGGUUGUUUGGGGCAUUUCACCGCUAGUAGGCUUCAUUGUGUCGCCGUUCCUUGGUACCUUCAGUGACCGGUGUCGUUCACGGUUCGGCCGUCGAAGGCCUCUACUGAUCGUGCUAGGACUUGGGCUCGUUCUGGGAUGUCUUUUGCUGCCGUUUGGAGAAACCAUUGGCCGUUGGCUGGGAGACAUUGGAGAAUCAGGAGAGCCCGUCAUAAACAACACGGUCACGAUCGAUCGCGGUUUGUACCAACCAGCCGUAGCCAGCACGGACCAUUACCAGUGGGCGAUAGCAAUUACCAUCUUGGGGACGAUACUGCUGGACUUUUGUGCCGACUCUUCUCAGGCACCAUCCAUGGCCUAUCUACUGGACGUGAGUCUACCGGAGGAUCAUGGACAAGCGUGCAGUACGUACUCUUUGCUCUCGGGAAUUGGUGGAUGCAUCGGUUACCUCAUAGGAGCAAUCGAUUGGGAUGGAACAGCACUCGGGGAGCUGUUGGGGGGCAACAUCAACACCGUCUUCAUUCUGGUUACAGUAAUCUUCGCGAGUUGUCUCGUGGUCACGGUGUGCAGUUUUCGCGAGAUUCCUCUACCCCUAAUGGAGCACGACGAGUUACUGCAGCCAUUAACCGAGCACGCCAUCACCUGUGAGCGGAAACGACGUGCCACUGAGAAAAACCUGCUUCCCGUUAAGGAUCUUGCCGGAGCGUUGCUACUGCAGCUCGACGAUGAUUCCGCAAAGAACGGGAAAAGCCACCCCUCGAAUGGGUACUCCGAAAAACAACCGUUGUUGAUGGGUGACUACCUCGAAGAGGAAGAACCUCGAAGGCCUCGGUCAGCGACGGAGUUCCUAAAGUCAACCUUCCGGAUACCGGGUGCCCUCGGGUUGCUGUGCGUAACGAAUCUCUUCUGCUGGAUGAGCCACAUCAGCUACUCGCUGUACUUCACCGACUUUGUCGGGGAGAAUGUGUUCGGUGGUGAUCCAAUGGCGCACUCCGAUUCGGACGAGUAUGCGCUGUACAUCGAAGGCGUCCGAUAUGGAUGCUUUGGGAUGGCCAUCUACUCGAUCGCCUGUUCAACGUACUCGUGUACGAUCGAGCGGCUAAUCAGGCUGCUCCGAGCGCGAACUGUUUACAGCGGUGGAUUGCUGAUUGAUUUCGUCGGCAUGCUGUGUAUGGCUCUGUUUCCCAACAAGGUGACCGUGUAUGUGUUCAGUGUUACCGGUGGUAUUGUGGGGGCUUUGCUUUUCACGAUGCCCUACAUCAUUCUGGCGAAUUAUCACGCCAAAGGACUGCUUGAUGCCAGUAGCGAAACAAACCUAGUACGUCCACGGCGUGGGCUAGCGUCGGACAUUUCGAUUAUCGGAAGCAUGUUAUUUGUGGCGCAAAUCAUACUCUCCCUCACUAUGGGUCCGCUGGUCAAACUAACGGGGACGACGGCCUCGGUCAUUUACACGGCAAGCGCUUGCAGUCUCAUGGCGUCGAUAUGCGCCACCCGAGUCCAGUAUCUGGACUUGUAGAAAGGGUGACAUUUAUUGCGUUUAAAUGCAACCCAAACAAUGUGAUACUAGCGAAGGGAUGUUCGCGUAUAAGGUUAGCUGUAGACGUUCGAUUUUAUCCAAUAACAACACAGGGUUGCUGGGCAAAGAAAUUGCCACGAUAUAGCCAACAUUGUUAGCAAGGAGUAAAAUGAUAACGGAGUA